AUGCGGAAGUUUUCCAAAGCCAUUGCCUCCGUGGCUCUCUUCCACUCGGAAAUCUUUAGUUCCUCCCGCUCAAGCGUCGCUGUUGCCUUUACAUCUCCUUCCAGCAGCAUCAACAGAUUCGCUACCAGCAGUAACUUUCAAGCUUCUACUUACCAGUCCGCACGAUUGUCUUCCAGCAUGUCAGCUUCAUCAUUCUACGAUCUUUCCGGCACAAAGAGUGACGGAACUGACCUCUCCAUGGGAGAUUUCGAGGGCAAGGUUGUGUAUGUCACAAACGUAGCCAGUAAAUGA